CAUAAUUGGAUUUUUGAUCAUUCAGUUGUUUCGUCAUCAUAUGCUUCUGAAGCAACAUGUUCCUUUCCAUUUCCGAAGAAAACUGAUGAAGGCAAUCCCUCUGCACCUUCUCCUGUUAUAUCAUCAGCUAUGUUUACAAGUGUGAAAAGUCCGGGUGCCUCUACUUCUGAGACAACUAAUCCCCAAUUGCGCAGCAGUAACACUAAAAGCUGUCAGUUCCCAGGAUGUAUGAAAGGAGCAAGAGGGGCAUCAGGGCGUUGCAUAGCCCAUGGUGGUGGUAGGCGUUGCCAGAAACCUGGUUGCCAGAAGGGCGCUGAAGGGAGGACGAUCUAUUGCAAGGCCCAUGGUGGAGGCAGGAGAUGCCAAUUUCUUGGGUGUACAAAGAGUGCUGAAGGGCGCACAGACCACUGCAUAGCUCAUGGUGGUGGUCACCGCUGCAGUCAUGAAGGUUGCUCCCGAGCUGCUCGUGGAAAAUCUGGCUUGUGCAUCAAGCAUGGUGGUGGCAAAAGGUGUCAGAAGGAGAACUGCACCAAAAGUGCAGAAGGUCAUUCUGGUCUCUGCAUCGCGCAUGGUGGUGGAAGGCGGUGUCAGUUUCCAGAUUGCACAAAAGGUGCUCAGGGAAGCACAAAGUUCUGCAAGGCGCAUGGUGGAGGAAAGCGCUGCACAUUCUUGGGAUGCACCAGAGGGGCUGAAGGUAGCACUGCAUUUUGCAAGGGCCACGGCGGAGGCAAGCGCUGCGCCUUUCAGGGUGGCGGUGUGUGCCCAAAGAGUGUGCAUGGUGGUACUCAGUAUUGUGUUGCCCACGGUGGUGGGAAAAGGUGUGCUAGCUCUGGCUGCACUAAGAGUGCUAGAGGGCGCACAGAUUACUGUGUGCGCCAUGGAGGUGGCAAGAGAUGCAAGUCUGAGGGCUGCACCAAGAGUGCGCAGGGGAGCACUGAUUUCUGUAAGGCUCAUGGAGGAGGUAAACGCUGCUCAUGGGGUCAGGCAGACGCGACCUUUGGUAUUGGCGUACAGCAAUGCGAUAGGUUUGUUCGGAGCAAGACUGGUCUCUGCUCAGCUCACAGCGCUUUAGUCCAGGACCACUGUGUUCAUGGUGGUGGUACAUUAGGUCCUGCUAUCCACCAGUUUGCGAUGAAUGCCAAACCUACUGAGAUGAAAGUUGCUGCAGUGAAGGGAGAUCCACAUGAGAAGACGAUCCUUGGUGGUCCUCUUCGAAAUGGUGCUGUUCAUCCUUCUGCCCCGGCCCAGCCUAUGACCAAUGAUCCGCUGCCAGAGGGCAGAGUCCAUGGUGGCGGGCUGUUGGCUUUGCUUUCGCGAGGCGGAAGCAAUACAAGCGCUGGUGGCUCAGAGAAUUGUGCUUUAGGCAAGAUUGCGUGGAUGUGAUGGUAUCAGGUUCUCCAAGAAAUUGGCUGCCUGCAGUUUUGAUCAGUUCCCAGAGUUUGUGCUGUGGUGGAUUGAGUCAGCCUUUCAGAUUCCUCCAGUUGUGUUGCUCUUGUUCGGGUUUGAUAGGAUCUACCCAGGACGUGUACUAUGAAAAUAAGAGGGUAGCUCUUAGACCAUGGGGUUGAUGUAUUGUCUGUUAUUGUAAUUACUUGUUGCUGAAAUGUUGUUCUUUGUGUUUAUGCAAUCCGGUAUUUUAGUAGCCUUGUUUGGACUAGAUUUUACCAUUGGGAUUUUUUUUUGGUUCGGUCUGAAUAAUUUGUGUUUUUAGCUGCU